CUACCUUCUUCUGUAAUCCUUGAUAGCUCUACGUGUACGUCACUUGUGGGAAGAAGUAGAAACGUUUGAAAUCACUACAUAGUUUUUACCUGCGCUGGUUCCAUCAUGGCGUCCUCCAGUGAAAUUUUAAAGAGACAUUUCCCGGACAUAGAUUCAACAGUUUUAGAUUAUGUAAAUGGAAUUAUCGAAGGCGAUGCAGACGAAUUUAACGAGGCUCAAGAUCUACACGACGUGAUCGGUGACUUCCUGGUAGACUCCACCGGAAUCACGAGCGAUGACGAGAUACUAGACAUUUGCCAAGAGUUAUGGUGUAUCAUGAACGGCAAUGUUGAGCAGAACGGAGGAACGCAGAGAAGUGCCGUGGGUAUGCGAAAGCUGGACAAAACGGUACACCUCAGUACAAAGGCGCAGGAGCAAAACACACGGCUAGAGGCAGACUCGAGUAUAUGGCUCAAAGUAAAGAAAGACGAAUCGCAAGUAGAUCAGAAGAAGCUAGAAAAGGCAGAAGCUAGAUUGAAGCAGAAGCAGGAUAAGCGAUCUGGUGCACCGCCGGUAACAAAUGGCUACACACCUUCAGAAGCUACUGCUAGUCAGGCAACCAACAGGAAGGAGACAAAGAUGGAGGCCAGUGGCUCAAACAAAACCUUUGAUGUACACAUUGAGAACUGUGAUAUUGCAUUUGGUGACAAAGUAUUGCUACGAGGUGCCGACAUUCAGAUGUCGUUUGGCAGACGAUACGGUCUGUGUGGACGCAAUGGCAUUGGAAAAACAACUCUGCUCAGGAUGAUAUCCAGGCGUGGCCCACGACGAUGCUCGUCGUCUCGCACGACCGUGGCUUCCUCAACUCCGUCUCCACCGACAUCCAGCACAUGCACUCGCAGCGCAUCGACAGUUACCACGGCAACUACGACCAGUUUGUCAAGACGCAGAUGGAGAAGCACAAGAACCAGCAGCGGGAGUACGAGGCGCAGGUCGCCUACAGGAAGCAUCUGCAGGAUUACAUCGAUAGAUGGCGCUACAAUGCUAAGCGGGCACCACAAGCGCAGAUGAGAAUUAAAAUUCUAGAAAAACUGCCUCCGCUCGUGCCUCUUGUGAAGGAGGUGGAAGUAAUACUCAAGUUCCCCGAGUGCGACCAGCUAUCUCCGCCCGUACUGCAGCUGGAUGACGUCGGGUUCGCCUACAACGCCAGCAAGCAGAUCUUCAAGAAGAUAUGCGCAAACGUCGAUGGCGACUCGAGGAUAUGCGUCGUCGGCGACAACGGCGGCGGCAAGAGUACACUGCUGAAGAUUCUCAAGGGGGAGCUGAGUCCGACGGAGGGCCUGCGACACUGCCACCGCAACCUGCGCAUCGGCUACUUCAGCCAGCACCACGUCGACCAGCUCGACAUGGAUGUCAACUGCGUAGAGCUGAUGGCUCGGCGAUUCCCCGGUCAGAAGAUUGAGGAGCACCGCCACCAGCUGGGCUGCUACGGCGUGUCCGGCGACCUGGCCCUCCGACCGGUCAUCAGCCUGUCCGGCGGUCAGAAGAGCCGCGUGGCCUUCGCCCUCAUGGCGAUGACAAAUCCAAACCUCCUCAUACUCGACGAACCGACGAAUCACUUGGACGUCGAGACGAUCGAAGCGUUGGGGAAGGCGAUCAACAAAUUCAACGGCGGCGUGAUACUCGUCUCGCACGACGAACGUCUCAUCAAGCUCGUGUGCAAGGAGCUGUGGCUCGUCGGCUCCCAGUGCCUCGCCUCCGUCGAGGGCGGGAUCGACGCCUACAGGGACGCCAUCCAGGCAGAGCUGCAGGCCCAGGGAAGCAAGUAGAGACAGAGCUGCAGGCCCAGGGCAGCAAGUAGGAGCAGGGUGCAGGCCCAGGGAAGCAAGUAGAGACAGGAUCAGAGGUUGAGGGUCGGAAGGUCGGAAGUGGGGGCCCAGGGCACAAAGUGAAGGCAGGGUCGAAGAUAGAGGCAGAGUGCAGUUAAAAUAGAGGCUUGGUGGACGUGGCUGCAGGCCCAGGGAAGCAAGUAGAGGCAGUGUCAGAGGUGGGGGCCCAGGGAAGCAAGUAGAGGCAGGGUCAGAGGUGGAGGUAGGGUUGGCGAUAGAGGCCCAGGGAAGCAAGUAGAGGCAGGGUCAGAGGUGGAGGUAGGGUGCAGGCCCAGGGCAUAAAUUGAAGGCAGGUGCAUCACAGUGACACUGGGAUGCACCCACUUUAGUUCGUGUAUGCUGCACAGUUCGUGUCCUGCGCACAAGUAGAGGCAGUGUGCGAAGGAAGGCAUUGGGCCGGGUUCUCCUACCUUGUUUUCAGCGAGGUGUGAACUCGGUCAUGCGUGGAUAGUGAGCGUGUGUCAAUGAACACUUCUGAAGGACGUGUGGUCGUGGCUGCGCGCGCUUUUGUAAGCUUGUGAGAAUUCGGUGGCGGUUUGGACCGGGCAGACGUCGUUAGGUUACGUUUGCACCGCUGUCGCCUAUCGCGUCGUGUUUCAGCGCGGUUUCCUUCUCAUUACGGUUCUUGCGAUCGAUGUCCAUCUCACGUUCCCUGCACCUGCGAUCCUUGUCCGAUCCUGCAAUCUGAGUGAUAUUUCUGUGCUUCUCAGUCUUCCCCUGCAUUCCCCCCUGUUAGCUUCCACGCAUCCGGUGUUACUCUUUUGCUGCUCCCUCGGUUUUCAUGCCACAUUGCCUCUCCUGAGACUCCUCUUGCGCCAUUCUGAAAGGUUGCCUCAUCUAUAAUCUAUAAAUUAUUCACCUGCCAGCUCUUUUGGUACACGGAGAUGGCCUGUAUAUCUUAUAUUCUGCUACGUGGUUUCUACUCUUUGUACUGCUAUUUAAAGACAUUUUGUUAUCACCUUAUUUUGUCAGGUUUCCUUUUAGAAUUACAUUGCUCACCAUCAAAAUUGACAUCUAGCGAAAACGUCAGUCAGACUAAUUAAUUAUAUUAUAUUAAAAUGCAGAAAGUAAAUGCAGGCAUAGAGCCUUUAUGGUUAUUAAUGAGCGUGAAGACGAUACUGUAUAUAGCUCUGCUAGUGUGUAUUGCAACACACGACGGAAGGUUUUGCAUUGCUACGGGCAAUUGUAUUAUGGUACAUAUAUCCACCGCUAUACCCCUACUAACCAGAAGCGUAGCUAACCCAUUUUUGUUGGGGAGGUGAAGCCAUGUGCGUGGUGCCAGGUUGCCCACGCACAUGCCACGCCAUGUGCGUGGUUCCCCAGGAACUGGAAGGUGACUGCCAUUAACCAUGUAUUGUAUCUACUUUUUUCUUGAGGGGGCAACCGCCCCCCACCCCCCCGCUAGCUAUGGCCCUGCUAACAGUUCGAGGGCCAAUGUCCUGUUAUUUAGUGAGAGAGCGAGGACCUGGGUGCGUGCAUGUAUUAUAUGGUUUGACAUUGGCAAAACAAUAAAAGCAGCACCUUCGAUUUGAUGGAACAUAAA